CUUCGAGGCUUUCUGUCUGUCGGCCAUCUCCAUCUAUGGUAUAUCACACCUUCCCUGGCCGGCCUCGUUCUAGUGUCUACGCCCUUUUUGAAUUCCCGGGGAUGGCCGUCACCGUCGGCAGAUCAGUAGUUCAGGGCCUGGAAGGGCGAAUUCGCCAGAAACAUCCAUCCACCAGCUCGCUCUGGCGUGGCCAUUGACUGGGUUUACUUUUACGUAACUCGGGAUGCAGUUGAAGCGUAGUCGGAAGGCGAACUUCGAGA